AUGGACCCAGAAACACCCACAAAUCAUAAAUUAGACUGUGAAAGACCUAAAUUAUAUCAAUACAGAUGGAUCAUAGUGUCAUUUUAUAUCUUAGCCGUUUUCGUUAACAAUAUCCCUGGAGAAAUUUAUGUUUCCGUUUCUAAUGAGCUUAUAGGAAUUUAUGAUACUUCAGAAACUUUAGUGACUAUGGCAGCUACAAGCUAUAUGAUAAUGCACCCAAUUUUAUCGAUUCCUUGUUCUUAAUUCAUCGUAAAUUAUGGAUGGGCAGCAGCCUCAAAAAUUGGAGUAAUUUUAACAAUUCUUGGAAGCUUAUUAAAACUAUUCGUUAAUUAAACAGAUUUUUACUUGAUUGUGAUUGGUUAAAUUUUAAUUGGAGCUGGAAAGCCCUUCAUUCUUAAUUGUUAGGCCACAAUGGCUUAAAAUUGGUUUUAUCCAGAAGCAAGACCCAUCAUAAUAACGGUGAUGAAUGUGCUAAACCUUUUCUCUAGUGUGCUUACGUUUAUGAUACCGGGUAAGUUUAUAUUUUCGGGCUAUAAGUACGAUGGAUCAAAUGAAUCAAUAGAAAAAGGAAUGGAAUUAGUAAAUAAACUCAAUAGGACAUUGUUUUACUUUGCAAUAGCUCUGUUGCCAUGCCUCUUGACUUUAAAGAAUACUCCUCCAACACCUCCUUCAGAGUUGGUUAAAUAAGAAGAAAAAUCUAAAAAUAUAAAAAGGACACUUAUCAAAAUUUUUACUAAUAAACAAUUUCUGUUUUGUUUUUAAGCCUACGCUCUGUUUAUGGGAUUGACAAAAUCGUUGAUGAUUGUCUUAGCCUUUCUUUUAAAAGCUUGCGGUUAGGGCAAGGAACAGGUCUCUGUAGCAGGUUCAAUUGUGAAUAUCAGUGCUGUUGCAUCAUUGGCAUUGUUAGCGGGAAUAUUAAAGAAAUAUACAAACAGAAGAAAAUAAAUAGCAAUUUUAAUGAUGAUACUCUCAAUUUCAUCAUUGGUUUUAUUUUAUUUUUGUCUAAUCAGUGAGAAUAAAAUUGCAAUAUACAUCUCGAUAGGCAUAGUAGGACUGUUUAUUAUGCCAAAUGUCCCAUUAUUGAUGGAUAUGAGUUGUGAUUCUAUAUUUCCUAUAAAUGCAAGUUUUGCAGUUGGAAUUAUGUACAUAGGAUCGCGAAUAUUCUUAGUAUUUUUUUCAUAAUUUUUGGCUAUUGUGGUAGGUGGAUCUGAUAGCAAUAAAGGUAGAGUCACACUCACAUUUUCAAUUGAAGUGAUUGUCCUAUUAUGUUCAGUUACAAUUUUCAGCUUUACAAAUAUUAAACUAAAAACAGCAGUUAUGGAAGUUGAUUUAUUAGAUGGUGAAUCUAAUCAAAAGAUUUCAUUUUGUGACAAUGCUACUUAGACUCCUAUUAUGGAAUCUACUCAAUAAACUCCUCAAACCAACGUGUAAAAGAGAUCUAUAUUAGAAUUAAAUCAGAAAUCUUGA